CACUUGAUUUGUUUGUGGCAGGCGACAUUGAAAAACUUUCAAGCGUAUUCAUAUUUCGCGGGUAGCUUUGUUUUUCAACGGUGGCGUAAAAGUAACAGCCGGAUUAUUUCUACUUUAGCUUAGGAUAUAAGCUAAAAUGAUAGACCUUUUCAUGCCGUUUCGGGCAUUUCUAAAGUUGGAUAAUGUUAGUAUUGACAACAACGUGUUUCGGAUGCAUUACAAAGUGACAGUGAUUAUGCUGCUGAUCUUCACGCUGUUGGUGUCUUCGAAGCAGUUCUUCGGGGAUCCCAUCCACUGCAUGGGCGAUAGUGAUAGCGAUAAGGACGCCAUCAAUAGUUACUGCUGGAUCUAUGGGACCUACACUUUGAAGAGUAGGUUAAAAGGUAUUGAAGGCACUCACAUGACAUACAUUGGUGUGGGCACUGAGACGGGCGGGAAGGAAGACAGAAUCGAGCAUACCUACUACCAGUGGGUCUGCUGUGUGCUCCUGGGCCAGUCCGUCAUGUUCUACACCCCGCGCUAUCUCUGGAAGGUCUGGGAGGGAGGUCGGCUGAAGGCGCUAGCUUCUGAUUUGGCAAGCCCCAUGGUGAACAAGGACUGGCAUGAGUACCGUCGCGGGGAGCUGGUCUCCUACCUGUCACACACCAACAUGUACUCACACAAUAUGUAUGCUCUGCGCUAUGCCUUCUGCGAGAUACUCAAUCUUCUCAAUGUGGUGGGGCAGAUGUUUCUCUUGGACAUAUUCCUGGGCGGCGCGUUCCGCAACUACGGCGCCACUGUCGCGGCCUUCACGCGCGUCCCCAAAGACCCCACCGACCUCACCGACAUCGACCCCAUGGACCGAUACUUCCCAAAGAUCACCAAGUGCAUUAUCCGCCGCUACGGACCCUCCGGCACCGCGGAACUGAGGGACCGCAUGUGUGUUCUACCUUUAAACAUUGUCAACGAGAAAAUAUUUGUCAUAAUUUGGUUUUGGUUCAUCUUUCUCACUUUCAUCUCUACCUUGGCUGUUCUCUUCCGAGUGCUGGUGCUAUCGGCUCGCCCUCUCCGCACUGUCAUGAUGAUGGGCCUCUUGAGACACGUGAAACGAAGCACCGUCAACAGAAUUGUGAAGCGGUUUGGCUUCGGUGAUUGGUUCGUACUCUAUUUGCUGGGCAAAAAUGUUAAUCCGCAUGUCUACAAAGACUUAAUAUUAGAACUGUCCAAAGAACUGGAUCAUCGUAAUAAUUAUCCUACUAUUUAAGGUUACAUUGUAGAUCAGUCUUCAUAAGUUACUUCUAAGUAGUUUUAGUGUGUUGCUGUUGCCAAAUACAGUAAAUUUUAUUUAUGAUUGAAGACAUUAGUGAUAGUCUAUUUUUUGUUAUUAGUUUUGGUUAAAACUCACAAUUUAAGAAUAGGCUAUUAGCAAACACUCAAAAUUAUUUAUUGUAUUAUGUUUUAAUAUUAAUAGAAUAGUUCUAUGAUAUAUUUAAGUGACAAACAUUUGUAUUUAUGUAAAGACUGAUCUAGAUGCAAAACUUGAUCUCUGGAUUUCGGUUACCUACUAUUAUU